AUGGGAGUUAGUGGCACUUUGGAGUAUUUAUCUGACUUGGUGGGAAGUGGUGGACAUAAACACAAGAAGAGGAAGCAGUUACAGACCGUAGAGCUCAAGGUCAGGAUGGACUGUGAUGGUUGUGAACUUAAGGUCAAGAAUGCCCUUUCUUCCAUGAGCGGAGUUAAAAAGGUGGAUAUAAACAGAAAGCAGCAAAGGGUGACUGUCUCAGGAUAUGUUGAUUCAAAUAAGGUGUUGAAGAAGGCAAAGUCAACAGGGAAAAAGGCAGAGAUUUGGCCAUAUGUUCCUUACAAUUUAGUGGCUCAACCUUACGCUGUUCAGGCUUAUGACAAGAAGGCACCUCCCGGUUAUGUCAGGAAUGUAGAGAACGCUGCCACCACAGGCACUGUGACCAGAUACGAGGACCCCUACACCUCCAUGUUCAGCGAUGACAAUCCAAAUGCUUGUUCUAUCAUGUAA